GCCAUUGGAGCUGCUUGUGGGUUACGAUAUCUUCAUGAAGAGUGUAAAGUGGGAUGCAUUAUCCACCGUGACAUGCGGCCUAACAACAUUCUCAUAACUCAUGAUUUUGAACCACUGGUUGGUGAUUUUGGAUUGGCGAGGUGGCAACCUGAUGGAGACACGGGUGUGGAAACCCGAGUAAUUGGAACAUUCGGGUAUUUGGCUCCUGAAUAUGCUCAAAGCGGCCAAAUAACUGAGAAAGCUAAUGUUUAUUCAUUUGGGGUGGUAUUGGUGGAGAUUGUUACAGGGAGAAAAGCUGUGGAUCUCACGCGGCCUAAGGGACAGCAGUGUCUUACUGAGUGGGCACGACCUCUGUUAGAAGAAUAUGCCAUUGAGGAACUGAUUGAUCCAAGGCUGGGGAACCAAUACUUAGAAAAUGAGGUAUAUUGCAUGUUGCAUGCUGCAUCAUUAUGCAUACGGCGAGAUCCUCAUUCUAGACCACGCAUGUCACAGGUUCUUCGUAUAAUGGACGGCGACAUGGUCAUGGACACAAGUUACAUUUCAACUCCAAGUUAUGAUGUGGGAAACCGGAGUGGCCGACUCUGGUCGGAGCCGCUGCAGAGGCAGCACCAUUACAGGGGUCCUCUGUUAGAGGAGUCACUUGAAUCAUUCAGUGGGAAGCUAUCUCUUGACAAAUAGAGGCCUGCAUAUUGGGAUAGGGACAACAAAGCAAGAAGGACUUCAUGUGAAGAUGACAUUUAGAAAGGGGUUGAUACUUGAUCAAAAUUGAGAAUUGCUUUUUUCUUGUUAUGCUAAAUAUGUUUAUUUUCUCUCCUAUUUUGUAAUUUUGUAUCUUUCUAGCUAUCUUUCUGCAGUGAUCUAAUUUUGCAU